AUGGCCAAGGCCGCGUACGUGCUGCAGGACCAGACGAGCCGGUUGAGCGGCGGGCAGCUCCUCAUCGUCUUCUUUGGCCUGCAAGUCGCCCUCUUCCUCUCGUUCCUCGAUUCGACGUCCGUCUCGACCGCCGCACCCGCCAUCGGCCGCGACUUGAACGCCUCGUCGAGCAUCAGCUGGGUCGGCUCGUCGUUCCUGUUGGCCAACACGUCAUUCCAGAUCGUCACGUCGCGCCUGAGCGACAUCUUUGGCCGCAAGGCGGUCCUCCUCGCCGCCCUCUUCCUGUUCGUCGUCGGCGACCUCUUGUGCGGGUUCGCGCAGAGCGGCAUCUGGCUCUAUGCCUGUCGAGGUAUCGCCGGCAUCGGUGGCGGCGGCAUCAACAGCCUGAGCAUGAUCAUCGUGUCGGACGUCGUCAACGUGCGAGACCGUGGAAAGUACCAGGGCUUGCUCGGCAUCGCCAUCUCGCUCGGCAGCGCCGUCGGGCCCUUUGCUGGCGGCCUCUUUGCGCAGUACGCAACGUGGCGCUGGUGCUUCUGGAUCACGCCGCCAAUGGGCGUCGGCACGAUGCUCAUCAUCUGGUUCCUCCUCCCGCUCAAGCACGUGCCGGGCGAUUUCAAGACCAAGCUGCGGCAGAUGGACACGACCGGGUCCUUCCUCGCCCUCGCCAUGACGAUCUGCUUCCUCGUCCCUCUCGCCGGCGGCGGCAGCAGCUUUCGGUGGGACAGCCCCGUCGUCAUCUCGCUGUUCGUCGUGUCGGGCGUCCUCGCCGGCCUGUUCUUCUUCGUCGAGGGCUGGCUCGCCAAGCUCCCUCUCCUUCCCGGCAGGAUGUUCAAGAACCGCAACAUCGCGCUGCUCCUCGGUCAGACGUUCCUCGUUGGCAUCUGCUACUUUGGCAACAUCUACAUGGUGCCGCUGUACCUGCAGAACGUCCUCGGCGCGAGCGCGAUCAAGUCGGCGGCGCUCCUCCUCCCGCUCGUCCUCGUCCAGACGUUCACGACGACCCUGAGCGGCUACGUCCUUAAGUGGACCAACCGCACGAGGGCGUCCUUCUUUGUCGGCUUCGUCCUGUGGUGCGCCGGGCAGGCGGGCCAGGUCGCCUUCAGCCGGACGACCUCGGUCGGCGUCAUCGUCGGCGUCCUCCUCGUUCAAGGGCUGGGCAUCGGCGCGACGUUGCAGAGCACUCUCGUCCUCAUCCAGGUCUCGGGCCCGUCCGAGGACCGUGCGGUCGUCACCGGCGCGCGCAACUUCGUCCGCUCGCUCGGCGGCGCGAUCGGCCUCGCAGUCGGCAACACGCUCGUCAACAACCUGUUCGUCAAGAACCUGCCGCCGUCGUUGCCGGACUCGGUGCGCGAGCAGCUCCAGCGCGAGUUUGUCCUGCCCGUCGAUAUGAGCCAUGACGUCAAGGACCAGGUCCUCGACGCGUACAUGGCGGGCAUGCGCGCCGUCUUCAUCUUCUUCGUCCCCGUCGUCGCGAUCUGCCUCCUCCUCUGCUUCUUCAUCAAGGACCUGCCGCUGUCGCCUCCCGAACCAGCGACCGAGCCAUCCUCGUCCAGCUCGAGCGACACAGCCGUCGACGGCGACGACGAGAAGGGCCUCGACAAGGCGGGCACGCUCUCGAGCACGACGUUGGCCUCGCCUGUCGAGCUCGUCGAGGUCGAGGAACAGCCGGCGCCGAGCUGCUCGGCCAGACAUGAGCCAGGUCCGCGACGAGGAGGCGAGGACGGCUCGACGGCGGUGCCGAGCGUCGAGUCGGACAAGUCGCCCGUGUAG